GGAGAACAUCUACCCAGGCUGGGCUACUGGAGCAGGCGAGGACCCAAGGACCCUGGAAGAACUGGUCCAGGGGACUGAAUUCCUGGAGUGUUCCUAGAGCAAAGCAUGACCACACUCCUACCAUUGCUGCUGGGCCUCAGUCUGGGCUCUACCGGAGAAGGUGGCUUUAUAGCUCACGUGGAAAGCUCCUGUCUGUUGGAUGAUGAUGGGACUCCAAAGGAUUUCACAUAUUGUGUCUCCUUCAAUAAGGAUUUGCUGACCUGCUGGGAUCCAGAUGAGGCCAAAAUGGUCCCUUAUGAAUUUGGGACACUGAAUGUCUUGGCCAAUUACCUCUCAGAUUACCUCAACCAACAGGAAUACCUGCACCAGCGCUUGUCUAAUGGGCUCCAGGACUGUGCCACACAUACCCAGUCCUUCUGGGGAUCACUGACCCACAGAACACGACCACCAACUGUACAAGUAGCCAAAUCCACUCCUUUUAACACGAAGGAGAGUGUGAUGCUGGCCUGCUACGUGUGGGGCUUCUAUCCAGCUGAUGUGACCAUCUCAUGGAGGAAGAAUGGGCAGCCUGUCCCUUCUCACAGUAGUGCCCUUAAUAUGGCCCAGCCCAAUGGAGACUGGACAUAUCAGACUGUCUCCCAUCUAGCUACAACCCCUUCUUAUGAGGAUACCUACACCUGUGUUGUGGAGCACAUCGGGGCCCCUGAGCCUGUUUGUGAGGACUGGACACCUGGGCUGUCCCCAAUGCAGAUAGUGAAGGUUUCUGUGUCUGGAGUGACUCUGGGCCUGGGCUUCAUCAUCUUCUCUCUUGGUUUGCUCAGCUGGCGGAGAGCUGGCUCCUCUGGCUAUGUUUUUCUCCCUGGAACCAGUUAUCCAGAAGGUCAACAUGUCUCCUAGAGGCAGAAUCCUACAACUUCUACCCCAGUGAGGAGAUUCAAACUCUUAAUGAUGUUGCCAUGUCCCCCCAACAUCCUCAGACCCUACAAAUUUUCUU